AUGGCAACUUGCUCAGAGCCCACGGGCACACACACAAAUGAGCCUGAUUUGGAGAAAUUAGGCAGAGACCGCCCACCUCACUUCUCUAGUCAAUGGUCAGAGCUUGCUUUUUGCUUCUCCAUUGUCAUGUCCCAGAUUUUAGCAGAAUUUUACAUUACAGGAUCGAACCUUCUCCUACCAACACUCAUCGCAGAGCUGAAUAUCCCCGAAGCUUCCACAAUAUGGCCGACUACAGCCCUCUCACUCGUCGUGUGUGCUACGCUGCUCAUCUUUGGUCGUUUGACGGACAUGUACGGAGGAUACCUCCUUUAUAACGCCGGAGCGAUCUGGCUCACAAUAUCCUCGAUUCUAGCCGGUGUCUCUACAACCUCGCUCAUGUUGAUCAUUUGUCGUGCACUGCAAGGCUUGGCCCUGGGAGCUCUCCUCCCAUCCGGAAUGAUGAUUCUCGGCAGCACCUAUCGCCCAGGCCCUCGGAAAAAUCUCGUCUUCAGCAUCUAUGGCGCCUGUGCUGCUUUGGGAUUCUUUGCCGGGUUCUUCGUUUCUGGAAUCUGUGGCCAGUUCCUUACCUGGAGGUGGUACUUCUACAUCGGCGCAAUUCUGUCUGCCAUCAUGGCUGCGUCGUCGAUUUUUUCUAUCCCCCGCGAUUACUAUGAGAAGAAAGAGCUUGGGAUGCGUAUGGAUUGGCCUGGUCUGGCUCUCUCUAUCACAGGCACUACACUCUUUGUGUUCACAAUUGCGGACAGCUCAUAUGCACCACAAGGAUGGAAAACACCAUAUAUUAUCGUCUUCUUUGUAUUGGGUAUCUUCUUGCUGGGAGCUAUGGCUUAUAUCGAAGGUUGGGUUGUUCCAAAUCCUCUCCUUCCAGGUGAUAUCUUUGGAGUGAAGCACAUGACGGCUCUUGUCGUUGCUUUAUUGUUCCUUUACGGAAGUUUGGGUAUAUUCCUACUUUAUGGUGUUCUUUACAUGUCCAAUUUCAUGGGCGGAUCACCCCUUCAAAUCGUUGCUUGGACUGUGCCCAUGGCCGUCGGCGGCUUGAUCCUCUCGGCGACGGGUGGCUUCAUUCUACACAAAGUAUCUGGAACCUUGCUGAUGCUCAUCUCUUGUCUCGGCUAUGUGGGCUCAGGACUGCUUUUUGCUGUGAUCCCGAUCGGCGGAGACUAUUGGGCAUACAUCUUCCCGGCUAUGAUAUGUGGUACUGUUGCCAUUGACAUAAGCUUCAACCUGGCGAACAUCUUCAUAACGACCAGCUUGCCCAGGGCAAGACAAGGUCUUGCUGGUGCCAUGAUUUACUGUACUAUGCACCUGGGAAUAGCCGCUAUGCUUGGCUUUGCGGAUAUUGUACAGACCCAAACCAACCAUCUUGGCGUUCGGGAGAGUUAUAAGGUUGUGUUCUGGUUCCAGACGGGGUUGGCUGUUAUCGGUUUGCUUAUAGUGCUGUUUUUCGUGAGGAUACGACAUGCAAAGAGCGAGUUGACGGCGGACGAAAUCCAAGCCCUACAGACUCAAGAGAGCAUGACCAGGGAAGACCAUAAGGUCUGA